GGCUCAGAGUUUAAAAACAUUUAGAGGCAUAGUUGCCCCCCUCUUAGAAAAAAUAAAGAUGAAAAACAAAUUAUUUCUCAGCACUGGAGAUUAAAUGUUUGGUUCUAUCUCGUGUAACAUAGCAUUUCACAUUUCUGUUCGUUGUUCAAACUAGUCUUUGUAUUCAUUCACCUGUAUAAACAGAACUAACUGCAUUGUGUCUUCUGGAUCAGAAAGUAAGGAAGAGUUGGCAGUUUAGUUUUCUGCCUGUAAUCUGUCUGAGUCAACAAGAACAAGUUGUGACCAUUGUAUAGUUUGGGGGAGAUUGCUUUCAUUAACAGUGUUAUCAUUAAGCUUAUACUGAGAUUGUCUGUUUAAAAUUUAUUUAAAAAAACAGAUGAGCAACAACAGUAAUAAGAGAGCACCAACAACAGCAACACAGAGACUUAAGCAGGACUACCUUCGAAUUAAAAAAGAUCCAGUGCCUUAUAUCUGUGCUGAACCCCUCCCAUCAAAUAUCCUUGAAUGGCACUAUGUUGUACGAGGACCUGAAAUGACUCCAUAUGAAGGUGGCUAUUAUCAUGGAAAACUAAUUUUCCCCAGAGAAUUUCCUUUUAAACCUCCUAGUAUUUAUAUGAUAACUCCUAAUGGAAGAUUUAAAUGUAAUACAAGGUUGUGUCUUUCAAUCACUGAUUUCCAUCCUGAUACAUGGAAUCCAGCGUGGUCAGUCUCAACAAUCUUAACAGGCCUUCUUAGUUUUAUGGUGGAAAAAGGCCCCACAUUGGGCAGCAUAGAAACCUCAGAAUUUACAAAAAGACAGCUUGCUGUACAAAGUUUAGCAUUUAAUUUAAAAGAUAAAGUCUUUUGUGAGCUCUUCCCUGAAGUGGUGGAGGAGAUCAAACAAAAACAGAAAGCACAAGAAGAGCUCAAUAGCAGACCCCCACCCCUCCCGUUACCAGAUGUUGUUCCUGAUGGGGAAGCACACCAUGGUCAAAACGGGAUACCACUUCUUAAUGGGCACGUUCCACUGGCAGCUGCCAAUCACCCAGGUCUCCAACAGGCCAAUCGUAACCAUGGACUCUUAGGAGGAGCUUUGGCGAACUUGUUUGUUAUAGUUGGUUUUGCAGCCUUUGCCUACACAGUCAAGUAUGUACUGAGAAGCAUAGCUCAAGAAUGAGGAGCAUAACAGAAGUCAAGACCAAAUUAGUGGUAGUUGCAGAAUGAGCGGGACUCUGGGCAUCAGACUUUGAGACUGGGAUAAAUAUUUGUGCUACCAUGAUUCAGGUAAUAUUGGUUGGCUCAUGGGUUUAGUCUGGAAAAUGAAGCAGGUAUAAUUUCUAAGGGAAGACAGUUCCUUUGUCUUCACUACAGUUUUAAGUGGCUCACUAGCAAGUCAAAGCACUAGUGAUGUGAAACUGGCAUUUCUAAUGCUUUGAUUUUUUUUUUAUAGCACUCAUCCCUUGUUUUCUGAAAUUAAAAAUCUUAGGUUAUUAAAUCUUUUUACCAGAUGGAACAAUUUUUAAAAUAGGACACUUGAAAAUGCAUAUCACAAGUUCAGCAUACAUUUUCUGUUGAGAAUUUCAUUUGCAAAGUCAAUUGUACAAAUACAGAAAAAUUAAAAUGCAAGUUUCCUCACUGUACUUCUGAACAGCUUGGCUAAUGUGAACAUUGGUGUGACAGAAAGCAGCUAGUUCACUUUGUAAUAGAGAAUGAAUAUAAUUGCAUAUGUAGUCAGUAACAGUGAUUACAUGAGUUGGAAAGUAACACUGUGUGUGUUAGUUAAAUAUGUUUAAUCUAAAUUGUCACAGCAUUUAAGAGGGCUUAAUUUGGGCUACAAGAAAUGCAGUUGCCGGCCUUUGAAAACCAUGUGUACGCAGAAAAUAUUUCAAAUGCAUUUAGUGGUGAUGCUCGUAAGUAAUUUUUGUUUUCACUUCUUGGUUUUGUUUGCUUAAUUACAAUAUUCCAUUUUGGAAGUUACUGUGACUUAGCAGUGAAACAACUUAUGCUGAAAAAGAAAACAUGUUUAUCACUGUUCUGUUUAAAAAAAUCUGCAAAGUGUAAUGAAAAAUGUAUAUUCUGAGAAGAAACAUCCCUGGAUUCCUUAGAUUUUGAGUUUUUCAGUGAGUGAAAUGACGUUGCCUCACCAGGCCUGAUGAGGAAAGCAAAAGGAGAGUGAAUGUUGAGCCAGCUUUUCAGACUAGUGGAUUCCUCUGAAGUGCUACUAAUUGCAAUAAACUUAAGCCAUUUAAAUUACUUGACCCAGUUUUCAAAUUCCAUUUCAGAAAUACCUUAUUCUGAGAUACUACUUAUUUUGCUUGAAUUAUAGAAGCCCCUUUGCUUCUAUUAAAUUAAAGUAUUGGUCAUGGUCCCAUGCAUAUGACCUCUGAAUGAUUACAUUCCAGUUGGUGGUAAUGAGGUUGUGAUUGUGUGGAUAUGCACUAAAACUAUUAGUGUAGUUUACUGUCAAAAAUGCUAUUUUUACAGGUCAUACCUUAUUAAACAUUGCAAUUAAGGGAUAGCCCUUAUGACCCAAAUGCUUUGACUUCUUAUAAAGGCAAUUUUACUGUGUCUUUCAAAAUUGGCAUUGAUUUUUAGUUACCCAGCAAAUGAAAUAUUCUGUUACAAUCUAAUAAACAUUGCAAAAAGAUGGCAGAAUGAAAAGCUCUGCACCCAACUUCAUAUUUUUGUUAAAUUUUCUAAAGAGCCCAGUAAAUGUUACCUCAAGUGUUAAAGAAUGCAUUUUAUCGGGGCUGUUCGUUUUAUUUUCUUUUGAAGGUUUUUAAUGCUUGAUUUUUCUGCUUCUCUUUGUUUUUUUGUUUUUUUUUUAAAUUUUUGGAUUGUAUACAACGUGUUAAACCCAUGAGCCAUGUAGCUUAGAUAAUCAGAAAAUGUGCUGUGAUCAAUACUCUGAAGUAGGUAUGGAUUUGCAGAACUAACAGAAUAGCUCUGGACUGAAGACAUCUUACAACAGACCUUUGGAGGUGGGAAAGAGCAUGUGAUGGGCUUGAUUUAAAACAUGUAUUUAUAAAUGGUUUAAAAUGUUGGGUUUUUUUAAUCAAAUUUUUAUUUAGAAUUGCUCUUUAAUUUGCCUCUUGUAUGUGCUUAAUCUGCUCCUGUAAAGAGAGGCUCUGGUUGUAGCUCUUGUUUUGAGAAACUGUUCAGUCCUGUCCAUCUUGAGAAAGAGAAAUGUCUUAUUUCUUCUGCAAUUAUGGGUUUUAAAGACUGGUUUGGGAAGCAAACAGCUCUGUAGCAAAGGUUGAACUGACUGAUGUCAUUGUAAUACUGAAAUCUGUUUCAGCCUUCUCAUUAUGCUGCCUUUUGCUACCAUUGUCGUUCCCUAUAGGCAGAUGUUUAAGAUUGUGCAUCUUUCUCUCAUGAAGGCUCUUUGGGCCACAGGAAUGUAGAUGACGGCAAAGUGAAGUAGGCUGUGGUACAUUCAGGGCAUGUGUGAAUGUAUGUACGAGGGCUGGGACAGUGAGCGUGUUUAAACGGUAAACCGAUGAGCCUGGGCUUAUCAGUUAACCUUCACAGUUACAUGUGAGCCCCUGCUGCUGCUUCUGUAUCAGAGGCAGCAACACAGGGUGAGGGGAGAGCAGAUGGGAGCUAGUGCUCAUGGGGAGCCACCUUUUAAAGCAGGCUUCCUGGAAGCACCAGCUCCUGGGGAGCCGCCUGCUGCACCGCUGCAUCUAAAACAGAAGCAGUAGUGCGGAGCGGUGGGAGGAGGCGGGAACCAGCACACAUGGAGAGCCAGGUUGCUGAAGACUUCAGCAGUUACACUUUUACAAAAAAAAAAAACCAAACUAUUUUAACAUCCCUAGUGUGUACUGGAGGUGAAAUAACAAUAGGACAGGAUGUUGUUCAAAUAUCCACCAUUUUUAUUUCAUGGCAAUAAGUUGGCCUUGCAGUUAGCCCUAGGCAUCUGAAGGUUGAGUCCAUUUUCAAAAAAGUGCCUCAAUUGGGAAUACAAAAUUUAUGCUAUUUAUAGAACCCUGACUAUGCUGCAUUCUUUUUGAAAGAUUGAUUUUUUUUUUUUAAAGUGGAGCUUGUCUUCUGUCAGUGAUUUUUUUUUUUUUCUUCAACACGCUGAGGAAGGAUGGAAAGAUUUGGCAGUGGUUUUCGGGGCCAUCUGUGAAAAGCUAGCUGACUUGCUGCACCCUCCCAACACACCCUUGGUAUACACCCUUGUCGUUGGUAGCAGAAUAUUUAUCCCUUCCUGUGUAGGUUUUAGUGAACUUAAAUAGUAUUUACUAUGGUAUGCAGUAUCCGAACUUUGAUUUUGUUACCAAAGUCAGUAGAUGGAAUUAAUCAUUCUUUGCCAUGCAAAAAUGUUGAAUUCAUGCCCUGAGGCAGUGUGUUAUCUUAAUGACAUAAUAAAACUGAAAGUUGUCCUUUUGUGCAUCAUACUGGAACAAAUGGUGUCUUGACCCUUCACUUCUGUGCUUCAUUUCCUUAGAGUCCUGUACAGUUGCAGUGCACAAUUGGGGGAAAGAUUUGCACCUGUCUUUGAUCAUGAGACAUCUCAAUUGUAGUCUUACAUUUUUCAGAAUUACAGUUUUUGGACUUGUGUGUAGUUCAAUUUUUCCCCACUCUUCAUUUCACAGAAGUUACACGACCACUUCUUCUUGAUGCCUCGGCCGCAAACUUUAAGCAUGUUUUUGAGGAGUAGAAAUGACUGCAUUGUAAAGUUAUCCAUUCAUAAUAAAAACAGAACUAUUCAUGUUUAAAA